GCAAAACAAACAGAAAAACCCCCUAAAAAGGUGAAUAUUUUUCUGAAUGCUGAAAGUGAAAGCUUGAGCUGCGUCUCCCAUGGCUUCCUCCUCCUCCUCCUUCACCUUCUUCAGGAGGCUUCUUCCUCUCUGCUCCUCUAAGCAGAGGGCAAAGUUUUCACCUUUCAGUGUUCGAGAAGGUCUUGGAGGAGCUUUCCGGGGAUUCAGUUCAGUUUCAUCGCCUGAACAGAAGAUUUCAGCUUUGAAGGAGGAAGUCAGGAGACUGGAGGAUGACAGUUCUGUGCCAGAUGACGAGAUUGAAAAAAUCCGACGAGAAUUUGAUGCUGCCAAGCAGUGUUUCCUCAAGAUUCCCGAUGCACUUAAAAGGAUGCCUAAAAUGAACCCGCAAGGUAUUUAUGUGAAUAGGAAUAUCAGAUUGGACCACAUCCAGGUUUAUGGGUUUGACUAUGAUUAUACUUUGGCGCAUUAUGCUGCAAAUUUACAGAGUUUGAUAUAUGAUCUUGCGAAGGAGUACAUGGUCAACGAGUUUAGGUACCCAGAGGUUUGCAUGAACUUCAAAUAUGAUCCAACUUUCCCAAUUAGAGGGCUCUACUAUGACAAGCGGAGAGGGUGUCUCCUGAAGUUAGAUUUCUUUGGGUCAAUUGAGCUUGAUGGUUGCUUCUAUGGACGGCGAAAGCUUUCUGUUGAGGAAAUUAAUGAAAUAUAUGGAACUCGGCACAUUGGCCGUGAUCAAGCACGCGUUCUUGUUGGUCUAAUGGAUUUCUUUUGCUUUAGCGAGGCCUGUCUUAUUGCAGAUAUGGUGCAAUUUUUUGUUGAUGCUAAGCUAGAUUUUGAUGCUUCCUAUAUCUACCAAGACGUGAGGAAAGCAAUUCAGCAUGUUCAUAUUAGCGGAGUGGUCCACCAAAAGAUUCUGCUGGAUCCUCAUAGAUACAUUGUGAAAAAUGAACAAAUGCUGUUCUUUCUUAAGAUGUUGAAGGAGAAAGGGAAGAAGCUUUUCUUGUUGACCAAUUCUCCUUAUUAUUUCGUGGAUGGCGGAAUGCGCUUUAUGCUGGAGGAAUACAUGGGUUCUAGUGACUCGUGGAGGGAACUUUUCGAUGUUGUGAUUGCUAAAGCCAAUAAGCCUGACUUUUACACAUCAGAGCAUCCAUUUCGCUGCUAUGACUUUGAGAAGGACACUUUAGCUUUCACGAAGGUGGAUACUUUUCUUCCGGAGAAGAUCUAUUACCAUGGUUGCCUAAAAUCGUUUCUCCAGAUCACUAAGUGGCAUGGCCCUGAGGUGAUAUACUUUGGGGAUCAUCUAUUUAGUGACUUGAGAGGGCCUUCAAAGGCGGGUUGGCGAACUGCUGCCAUCAUACAUGAACUAGAGAAUGAAAUACGAACCCAGAACGGGGAUAGUUACCGUUUCGAACAGGCAAAGUUUCACAUUAUACAGGAACUGCUUGGGAGACUCCACUCAACCGUUGCCACUAGUCAAAACAGGGCAGCAUACAAAACUCUUAUGGAUGAGCUGAAUGAUGAGAGGAGGCAGGCUCGCGGUAUAAUGAAGAACAUGUUUAAUGGCUCAUUUGGGGCCACCUUUGUAACUGAUACGGGUCAGGAGUCUGCAUUUUCUUAUCACAUACAUCAGUAUGCAGAUGUUUACACGAGUAAGCCCGAGAACUUCCUGCUUUACCUACCCGAAGCUUGGCUUCACGCCCCCUAUGAUAUCAAGAUCAUGCCACAUCAUCUCAAGAAUGGGAUCAGGGCGGUCUGGGGUUUACCAGUUUGUUAAUCAAGCUGGGAAUCGGAACUCCUAUUAACCAAGGCUCAAGUGUCGAGCUUAACAAGCCGAGCAUGCACACCUGUGCUCAUUAAGGUGCUGAGCUUGGUCGAUCUUGAUUAUAUCGACAUAAAUCUUGCUGAAUCAAGUCUUGGUAACUACUGACUUGGCUCGGCUAACUUACACUCUAUAUAAAAUUGUAAUCUAGUAAAAUUGGGACAUGGGUGACAAUUGCAUCUGGCAUUGGGAGAAUAUUAACUCAACGAUACUCUA